AUGAAGUAUUUGAGAUGCCUGUCGCCAGCAGUGGUUUUGCUGCUGCUUAGAGUGACUGGACUUGACAUGGAGCAUCUCCAAGCUGAAAACCUAAAUCUCCUUUCACCAGAUGAGCAUAAAUUGGUCCUGAACCGUGGAAUGAGAGUGCUGCCCAGAGACUGCUAUGAAAUGCUGAUGGCCUCUUCAGGCUGGGCCAGAGACGGAGUGUACCUGAUCCAACCAGGGGACUCCCCCAUUGUGGCCUACUGUGCCAUGCAGGAGGGAGGCUGGACCGUGGUGCAGCACAUUACUGUGAAUAGCAGUGUGAAUUUUGAUUGCACUUGGGCUGAAUAUAAGAAAGGCUUUGGUUUUAUCACUGGAGAUCAUUGGCUUGGGAAUGACUACCUUCAUCAGCUUACCCGUGGGCCUGCACGCUAUAAACUAGGAAUAAAACUUGUGGACCAAGAUGCCGUCACAAAGAUGGGAGAGUAUGAUCCAUUCCUGGUGGAGGAUGAAGCAUCAGCUUAUAGACUGAGACUGGGGUUGUUUGAGGGAACGACCGUAGACGCUCUGACGCUGGAUACAGAGAACUAUCUCCAUGACAACCAGAAAUUCACCACUAAAGACAGAGACAAUGAUAACUACUUCCAGAACUGUGCCAAACUGGAGUUUCAAGGGGUGCCGGGAGGAGGCUGGUGGUACGACGCCUGCGCCGGCGCCAAUCUGAAUCGCAGAAAUGUCAUCUACUGGCAAAAAGACUGCAACAAGGAGCGGCUGUGCAAGUAUGCAUGGAUGAUGGUGAGACCUUCUGACACAGUGAAACUGAUUCAGAGUGGAGACUGCAAGAAGGAUGAGCUAUAAGGACGUCAUUCCCAGGAUUUGUGCCAGAUUUGAGUUUUUGUCAUUAAACACAACAAUGGGUGAUAUCAGGGAUUU